AUGCCACCAUCAUUUGUUAAUGGUCAAUUGAAAUGUAAAAUAAGGCGAGAGAGGAUUGAUGCUGCAAGGAAGCGGAUAAAAAGAAUAACUCAUCCAUUAAAUGUUGAUCUUGAUGAAACUGUACCUCUUGCCAUUUUAGAUAGCACUUGCAAUGAGAAAAGAAAGAAGAGAAGAGGAGUGGUAGUUGAUGGUAUUGAUUGGGAAGACUUGAUUAUUGAGACACUUAUUAUUCAUCAAGUAAAGGAAGAAGAAUUUGAGAAGGGGCAUUACAAUACUUUAUUAGGCCUACACGUGUUUAAUUCCAGCGUUGUAUAA